CAGUUGAAGUAUGUAAUCUGGCCUGUGGUUGCAGCAGAGAGGCGUUCAGUCUCCCAGAAAUCAAGCGCGAAGAAGAAGAAUCCCAGUAUCUCCGACCAGAGGCAUGUGCGGUUGUAACGAAGUGCCGAUAAAAUCCAAAGUUUCGUGUUAAAGCUGCAGUUUUCCACUCGGGAUGGAUGACGAACAUACGGCCGAGUACACGGUGCCCUGUGCCCAGUGUUCUGCGGUGGACUGGGGCAUUUCGGACGAGGGUCGCUUCUACUGCAGGUCCUGCCACAACGUGAUCGAGAGGACCCGGGAGGUGGUGGACCUGUCCUUCUUAAAGUUGUCCAGCAGGGUGUCAACCAUCAGAGGACCCCGCAAGAAGCAGGCCGAGCGUGGUCACGUGUGGAUGGUCUGCGAGGGUUUCCAGUUCAUCCUGAAGAACCAGGCCGAUGCUCUGCUCGCGCUCGGAGUCAGUCCUCAAUUUAAGGACGACGUGCUGUGUCCUCUGUGGAGGUGUUACCUGCAGAAAAGUCGCCAGGCCUAUACCCACGACCCUGUGAGGAGCUGCAAGUUCAGAGUGAGAGCCGUGGGUUCGGACUCGGAGAGCGCCAGCGAGGCAAUCAGCUGCACAGACGGCGAGUCGAACCCAGCAAGCACAGCGGGCUCAAACACAGAGAACUCCGGUUUUUGGUCCGGCUCCUCGGACACCCUCACCUACCUGUCGGCCAGGAAGAAGCGGAGCCAGAGUCUGCUGAGCAUGAAGAAGACACUGGCGCUGAUCUACCUGGCUCUGGUAUGGAGCCGUGAGGCGCUGACGCUCAGCGACCUGCUCAGGCUUGUGAAUGAGGGUCACAUCCCGUACUUGAACGCCUAUGAGCAGCUUCCCGAGGAGAUGAAAGUCACAGGGAAGGACUCCCUCAUCUUCAUAGUCGAGACAGUCCCGUCUCAUCACGCCGUUCAUAAGGAGGCCGAGACUAUCAUUCAGUUCCUGCAGCUUCCUGCUUUUCCUCCAGUCAGUCGGCAGACCCUGCUGCACCCGGCGCUGCUCAGCCUCAGAUACCUGUCCGACGUCAACCUGCCCGAUGAGCUCCACCCCUGGGUCUGCAGGCUGUUGGAGCACACCGGUAUGAUGGAUCAAACGCUCCACACAUUUGACCCGCACAAUCACCCCACCCUGCCGCGGUAUGACCUGCAAGCCGCUGCCCUCAUCAUCGUCACUCUGAAGCUGUUCUUUUGCCUGGAUGACAUGACCGAGUGGCAUCUGUCCAAUGACCUUGGACGACCGAAGGACUCAGGUAAGGUGUUUAACCUGAGGAGGUGGUACAAAGUGAUGGAGGCCGCUCUGAUUCAAGCUCAAGAGAGGAGAGACCAGAAUGUCUCCAGGAAGCAGUGGAAGUCAAAGAAACAAAUUUACCCGAACAAGAAGGAAAAGUGUUCGAUGAUUAAAAAACAAAGAAUCGCAGAGCAGGUCCAGCUGUGUUUCGAGAAGCUGACUUCCUGUCCGUCGGGGCUCCAGGACGUAGGACCAUCGAGCUUCAUAUUCUGUUGGGGGGACGAGGAGAAAUCGGACGGUCCCAGUCUGCACCACAUGAAGCUGGACGAGGUCGUGACCCAUAGAUGCGACUUCCUGACUCCGCUGAACGACAUGUACUGGCACCCAGCGCUCAGACGCUGCUUGUGCUACAACAGUCAUUACAAGGAGGUGGAGGCAACGCUGCCACGCUCCUUCAUCUGGCUGCUGCAGCUUUUCGCCUUCAUGUUCGAUGUGAAGCCGUUUUGCCUCUAUGAGGAGGUGCUGAGUGUGGAGAGGAGGAUCUUUGACACCAGACUGUACAGAGGGAAGAGCAAGGCUGAUGCUGGGGCUUCAGCUGAGGCCGCCGGGGCUUCACCCGAGGCCCAGGCUUCACUCAACAUCCGGACGUCACCAAGGAUGACCCGGACGUCACCAAGGAUGACCCGGACGUCACCAAGGAUGACCCGGACGUCACCAAGGAUGACCCGGACGUCACCAAGGAUGACCCGGACGUCACCAAGGAUGACCCGGACGUCACCCAGGACGGCUGAGGUUUCACUCGGGAACCAGGCUUCACGCAGGAAGCGGCAGAGAAGUAGGAGCUGAGGAACUUGCAGCAUCUGUGGGAUAUUUGGCUGUUUCUGCUGCCUCCAUGUUUUUGUUUAAACCAGAGAGAUUUUUAAUAAACGUAAAAGUGCUGCUCUUGUCUUUGA